AUGACAUCAACAGCUAGUGAUAUAGUAGCCACAGGUACAGUAAUUAAAGAUCGUUGGAAAGUUGUCAAAAAAUUGGGGGGUGGUGGAUUCGGCGAGAUCUACGAAGCCUUAGAUAAUAUGACUCAACAGAAGGUUGCUAUCAAGGUAGAGUCCACACAGCAGGCGAAGCAGGUCCUCAAAAUGGAAGUUGCUGUACUCAAGCGUUUGCAGGGCAAACCUCACGUCUGCCGCUUUAUUGGCUGUGGACGAAAUGAAAGCUACAAUUACAUUGUCAUGACCCUCCAGGGUCGUAAUCUUGCAGAUUUGAGACGUGCAACUCGACGUGGCUAUUUUUCAAUUUCUACUACUGUUCGUCUUGCACGCCAAAUGCUCUCAGCUAUUGAGAAUAUCCACUCUGUUGGCUUUCUACAUCGAGAUAUUAAGCCUUCAAACUUUGCGCUUGGUACUGGAAUAGGCCCUGGUUCUGUUAGUCCUCGAAACAUAGUUAUGCUAGAUUUCGGAUUAGCACGCCAGUACACUACAACUAGUGGCGAAUUACGACCACCUAGACCAGUUGCCGGCUUCCGUGGAACAGUUCGAUAUGCCUCUGCAAAUGCCCAUCUUAACAAGGAACUUGGAAGACAGGAUGAUCUUUGGUCACUCUACUAUAUGCUUGCGGAAUUCAUAACCGGCGAGCUUCCUUGGCGUAAAAUCAAAGACAAGGAGCAGGUGGGCAUCAUGAAACAAUCUUUUGACCAGAAUCAACUUCUCAAAUUUAUGCCACGAGAAUUUAGAGCCUUUUUGGAGCAUAUACAGAGUUUGACCUACUUCGACAAACCCGAUUAUCAGUAUCUCCAAUCCUUACUAAAUAAUUACAUGGAACGGCGAUCAAUUAAUGACGCCGAUCCGUAUGACUGGGAGGUGACAAAUGAGCAUUCUGGAGCUGCUUUGAGUGAAACCAAUCAGCAUCAUACCAAUGCUCCAGUUAAAGUAAACGCCGCUAAUACAGAUGCCAAAGCCACGAAAACACCAGGAAUAGGAGGGAAUGCGGCUGCUUCACCAAGUGGAGCAGGCUUAGUGGUGACUAGUGGCUUCUAUUCCGGCACAAGAAAACUGCAGGCCGACUCUUCAAACGCUACCAAUGGAGGUAAUGUUGUUUGUGCUGAGGGAGCUGGCUCACAAUUUGGCGGAUCUACACCGAAUGUCUACAAACUGACUGUCACACCAACAGCGGCGGCGGCAAAACGCUCGGUUGAAGAUGCGAUUAUAAAUAACAAUGGUGACGCAACUGCAGCUGGUUCAAAUGCGCCGCUAUUUCCUGUUGUUGUGCCAACUAGAAAAAUGCCCUACUCCUCGUACUUCCGUUCAGGUGGGAGUAAUAGCAACGUCACUACACCUCGUUAUUUGAAAGAAGCCAAGGCGGCCUCACGUACGAGAGACCAUAAAUCGACUCUCCCAAGGCCUAUAAAAUCUCGAGAGGAGGGCGACAAAGAUGGCGGGGCCGUUAAUAGUGUUACCAGUAGAUCAAGCCUUUGGGGGCGUCGACCGAUCAGUGCCAGCACCAACAAUAUUCGCAGCAGUGUUGGACAGGCUGGCAGUAAUGUCAGUCUGACCAAUUUCGGAAAAAAUGACACCUCCUGUACUCAUGCCGUGGUUGUUAUGGUUGAUCAGGAUAAUGGAUUGCCAGAUAUAACUAGAGCUGGAGCUUGCACCUUUGCUAGUCAAUGGGGAAUUACUCAAAAUGGUGAGGAAGAAAGUGAAAAUAAUUCAAGGAUUUCUGAAGAUGAAGUUGAACCGGGAUUGGCAACCACUUCUUCCAUUAAAAAGAAGGCCACAGACAAAGUAGAGCGUCAAUCUCCACCUCGGGAAGGCAAUGUUGAAGAAAAUAAUAAUAAUAAUAACAAUAACAGUCAUGUCUCGAGUAAGGUUACACCUAAUCGUCUCUAUAUGCCUCCGUUAACAACUCCUGCCUUCCCUCCUCAGUUGUAUUCUCGUAGUCCUUCUAUUCCUUCCCACGGUGCCGUGGGUAGAAAACUUCAAACCACCUCUAAUCGUCGCCGACGGUUGAGUUCAGACAUUAGAGGAAAGUCGAGGACUCCGGAAAAUACGUCGCUUCUUCCACCGAGAUACAGCGGAUCGUCUGGGUCGAUUGUUGCCACUCCUGGGAGUGAUAGCAGUGGAUAUCACUCCUCUCAACAACCAACAUUACCAGAAAUUCCUCUGCCCUCGGGGCAUGUACGAUCGUGGCCACCUGAAACUGUUGCUCGAAGAGUCUCCAAUCUGGCUGCAAUUAGGAGAUCUGCUGGAGGCCUACUGCCGUCAGCAAAAUUCCCCUCUCUUCAGACAAGUGUCGCAAAUUGUCUAAUCUCCACUGAAAUACCUCGAGGUUCUGUACCUAUUUUGGAAUCUCAACGAAGUACUGAGGAGGACAGUAAACUCACUCGAAACUCAAAACAGGAAAUUUUUGUUCUUGGAGGGGAUGAGAAAGAUAUCGGAGAAGAACCAAAAGAAAAUAUAGUGAGUUUCACGAUCAAUUUUCAUGCCUUAUUGUAUUCAAUUGGUGAGCACGAAUGUUAA